AUGGCUACCCAAGUGAUGAGUCAAAGCAGUACUGGCAACGCAGGCAACGGCGGAGAUAAAAGGCCUUCUCGUCCGUCCGGUCAGAAGGGCAAUCGGGCGCACCGGGACCGGUGCACCCGUUGCAUCCUGGCACGGAAGGGAUGCGACGGGGUAAAGCCCGUCUGCGGCCGGUGCCGUAGGCACCCGGACCGGUGCGUCUGGCCGGACGGACGGCCCUCCAGAACCCAACUCCUCCAAAUGCAGGCGGAGCAGGCGGAGGAGGAGGGGGAGGAGGAGGAAGAGCAGGGCGAAAACAAUGCCAAUGAGCACGAGGAGGUGGCGGCGGAGGGCCAAGGCGCUGCUCCAGAGCAAGAAGAGCUGAGAGGCGCCGAUGCCGCCGGCGUCCCUCUGAGGGGUGAUGUCGUCUACAACGGGUAUGUAGACGACAUCGACGACGGGCCAGAGGUGCUCGCUCGGGGACAACCAGUCCCCGGCGACGGCAACCACCUGGCCCGGCGAGCCCUCUCGCAGUCCUCCGAGCUUCGCGAGGAAGUUCGACUGCGAGUCCUUGCGAGCACCAGGGCAUACCUGGGCCAAGGACCGGAGGAAGGCGUCGGUGGAGAGGAGGCCGAGGAGGCCGAGGACGACGAUGACGACGACGACAAUGAUGAUGAUGAUGAAGAGCUUUGA